AUGAAUGUCCCGGGUCAGUCCGCGGUGUCUCCUACCGGAUCCCACGAGUCCAGGGAGAAUGUAGGCGGAGAUGAUUUAUCGUCACGCUCGCCGACUCAAAGGAACUCGGGUCUCUCUUCUUCCUUUGGUAGCACCCGGUCUCACUCGAGCUUUUCGUCACGAAAAUCCGGGGCCAAGCCCCGUGCUAGCGUCCCAGAAGCACACGAAUCAUCUCAAGUGCUAGGCGGAGCUGGGACCUCCACGCGGGACUACGGUGCCAUCGAGGCGACUCCGAAUCCUGGGACGACACGGAGAUCCUCGAACUGGAACGAUACCAUCGUACCAGAGCCUCGCAAUGGCGAUGGUGGCGAUCAGAGCAAUCACCGAAACCGGCACGCGAGCGAGGACGAAGAUGGCGAGCCACACCGGUCUCGAUUCAGUCGAUUCUUCGACAAGUAUGGCUCGCUCGAGCUAGAAAACAAAGGGAGCGUGGCGCGUGAUCAUCUAGCACUAGAACGUACGUUUCUGGCUUGGCUGCGCACAUCGUUGGCCUUUGCGUCCAUCGGCAUCGCCGUCACCCAACUUUUCCGACUCAACACUUCGCGAACCUCGGUACAUUCGUCCGGUUUUGGCGAAGCUUCUUCCUUUUCUUCUGGCAUAUACCCCCCUCAGUUCGACUCGUCUCAGAUCCACGCUGCCUCCGCCUCAUCCCGCCUCCGUAGCGUGGGCAAACCUCUCGGCUCUACCUUCAUCGGCGUGGCCAUUCUGAUCCUUCUCAUUGGCUUUCACCGCUAUUUUGAGAGUCAAUACUGGAUUAUCCGCGGGAAAUUCCCUGCGAGUCGCGGCAGUGUUGCAUUGACGGCGUUUGUGGCGGCUGCAUUGAUCGUUGCGGCGCUAGCGGUGAUUCUCGCUGUUUCACCCUCGGCGGUUGAACAGUGA